AUGCACAAGCGCACCAAGAUCAAGAUCGCCAUCUUCGUGCUGAUGGUGGGUAUGGCUUGCAUGUUCACGGCGGUGGUGACAGACCAUUGGGCAGUGCUCAGCCCUGCGGUGGAAAAACUCAACACGACCUGCGAGGCGGCCCACUUCGGCCUGUGGAGGCUGUGUAAGAAGUACAUCUACAUGAGCUCAGAAACCUAUGAACAGGGGCACGGCUGCGGACCCAUCAGCUUGCCUGGAGGUAAGAAGACAUCCGUGCAGAAGAUAAAUGAAUUAAAUAAAUAAGGAUGUGUGGCAGAUACUUGACAAGCACAUUUCAAGUGUUUAAAAUAAAGCUUGUCAUAAAUGUUGUUUGUGAUUGUGACAGGCCUCAGUCCCACUCAUCAUAAGAGUUUUGAGGUAUAAAGCUUCCUAGAAUAGUUUUCAGAUUUAGGACCUCUAUUUCAGACGGGUCAUAAGAUUAAGAGACUUCUCAGGAUAUAGAGAUUAAAGUCUCAGUAACAUUCACAGCCUACAUUUAACUGAUAAGCUAUUUUUGACUGAGGAAGUAUGAAAAGGAUUUAGUCUUUACACUCAGUUGUCAGUGGCAUUAACCACAUAUAUGGUGCUCUAAGCUCAGAUCAUUUAUUGUAUUGGUUUGCACGUUUGCCAUUGAUCCUUGGUUAGAUAGGUGAUGACCCUUACUGGCCUUGUCCUUAACAAAUCUGAGAGUGAGCAGCAACAACAGGCCUCAUGAUGAGGCUUAUACAAAUCCCCCGACUACCACGUAGCUUUAAAGACUGACCAGACGACUAAAAAUAUUUAAGGUCAACCAGAAAUGGCCUGAAAUGAGUCAUGAACCACACACCCCAACAGCUGAUUUCACUGACCGAUGCCUCCAUUCAGUUUGCAAAACCAUCUGCUAAUAACUGAGGCUCCAUACAGUAUGAGUGUGACACACCCGUGACUGCCCGGUGAAAGAUGUGACAUGAAGAAAUCAUUAUACUAAUUUACAGUGUUGAGCAUUUUACUUUACAUUUUCUGAUUACUUUUCAAACUCUAAUACACUCUCAUAAUCCCAGUGUAAAUUAGACAAUGAUAAACUGGCACACUUUCAACUAAUUCAAUUAGUAGUUUUUAUAUUAUAUAUCCAAAUCAAGCUUUAAGUCCUAUUUUAAAUUAACAACAGCCUUUAAACUCAGCAGGACUACCCCUUAAAGAAACCCACCACUCUUAAAAAAUGGAUUUGUUUUGUUUUGAUUUUUCCCCCUUUAAUAGUGAGACCCAAACUGAACAGCCCUACCCAAAACGCUUAACUGAAAAGUGAGCCCUCAGGCUGACAAAAUUAAUUGAAAUAUUUAAUUUCCAUUUUCUGUAACCUUUAAUGCCAGCACUGCGUAUGAGAUAGCUGUAGCACAGAGGAAUCCUCUUUGAACACUUCAAAUGAUUUCUUAACCCGGGAAAAAUUUUAUCUGGUUUCUUUGCACAUUCCGAUUUUAUAUAGAGAGCAUAUCAAGUGUUUUAAUUAUAAAUUUGUUAAGAUGCAAAAUGCACAACAGUUCUCAAUGAUAUACAAAGUAUUUAUCCUUACUGCUCUGAUGGGAUUUGUCAACAUUGUUGUUUAAAUAGUGUAUCUCCAAUAAAGGAUUUCUGUAAUAAUGCUGCUCUAGGUGCAACAGGUCGUGUAUCUGGAUAUUCUCCCAAAAACGCUUCUCACUCUGAAUGUCUCAGAGUAAAAUUUCAAUCAUAAGUGAAGCUCUUUCAGUUGCCUGAGAGAGAGACAAUUAUUGUAUUAAGUGGGUGUAAACAGUGCUGAGGAUUUCCUGGCUAGCAGUGACUCAUCACUCAAUACCUUGUGGCAAGAGUCACUCAUCUACAGAUCUCUAGCACCAAAAUAGUUAUCUCAGGAACCAUCAUCUGACUGUUGAUUGUUAUUUGACCCUAUUUGUGGCCUUGUCUAAAAUUAGCCCCACAAUUUCAAACCAAAUUUGUCCAAGACAGAAAGCUGUGAAAAACUCCCGAAAUAUGUCCUGACUGAGAAAGCCCGUUAGACUCUGGGGAAUCCCAGACACUGUCUGCACUGUUGGGCCAUUCCAGGAGCAGAUGAGAUGCCAAAGGGGGGUUCAGCAGAGCAAGCAUGAUGGGCAUGUGCCGAAUAUAUAAAAUCAGCUCAGCCAACUCAGACAUGCAAAGAAUUGGUUAGCUUGCAAGAACAAGUGGCAAAUUCCUCUGGACCUUACAUCUGCUGUUUUAAAUCAGCAUGUGCAUACUGACAGUAGUGAUCUAAAAACAUUGAGAGGAAGCGUAUUGGAGUGACUGUAAAACCUAAAUACAUGGCACACUUCCACAACAGUAAGUGUCCUACUUGGCGUGAAGCAUCUGAAACAUCUUGGAACUUGGGUUUGGUCAAAAUGAUAAAGACAUAGAUCAUAAAUGUGUCUGCAUCGGCUCCCAGUAUAGGUCUGAAUUGGGCGGGGUUAUGUUCCACUUUUUAAAUAGGACAAUUAAUUUCACAAACAAAUUUAAAGAAAUGCCAUAUUAUGAGAGUUUUAAUACUGUUGAUAAUGUAGUUUAGCUUCAUUUACCUGGUUUAUGUAAAAUUUAUGAUCAUUUCAGCUCUUUUCAAAACUCAGUGAGACUCCCAAUUUUGAUAUCGUUACGUCUUCUGCAGGAUCUGAUAUUUUACUUUUUUUUUCCAGAAAAGCAAGUUGUUAUUCUCAAUAAACUCUACUUGCUAGCAAAUGGCCUUCAACUCUACAACAACACGUAUGAUUUGUGAUUGCUGUAUAGGUAGCUUUUAUCUACAAGAAGUAGGAGGAGGUGUGGUAGAUUUUCCGUUAAUAUCUGGUGGUCUCUCCCUUCAGCUGUACUGGCUGUAUUGGGUUAGGAACAUUAUUGUUUAUCAUAGCCACACACAUCUCCAGAGAGGUGUCAGCCUCUGAUCUAAAACAGAGCUGUGCGUGAGGAGGGAGACUCCGUUAGAUGAGAGACAUUCAUUUGGAAAACAUGAGCUGAGCUGAAGUUUAGGUCACUGCUGACAAAGAGCAGAUGGUCAGGUGAUUCCAGGACUGAACUGUGCGAUUGAAAAUCUGAACAAAAGACGGUUUUAUUCAGAUGGUGUUUACAUAAUAUUCAAGGUUUCACAUUGGAGUCAAGAUCUGCCUCACUUCCCUUUCCGUCAAUAAAAAUAAUUCUCUAAUUUUGUGCUCGAGUGACAUUUUGGCAAAGGUGGCUGCCAAAUAUCUGGAGCGCAGCUACUGUUUUAUCCACUUGUAUUCUAGAUGCAAAAAAAAAAAUUGUUAAAUUCCCACUUAUAUUGUGCAAAGUGCUCAUCAAGCAGUUGUUGUGGUUAUAAAUAUACGCCACGUAAAUACUCAGCUGUCUUGGGUGAGAGCCACGAGGGUCAAGUGUUCACGCCAAGUGCCGUGUUCCUGUGAGUGACAGGGCCGGCUGAAAGAGACAGGCAUCAUGGCUGCGACACCGGCUGUACCAGCAGAGUGUUCCCACCAGACCUUCCUCCUGCAGCAGACCCGCUCUGUGCAGCCCACAACGUCACUCAAACUACCUCUGGAGGAUAGGAUGCAUAGUCAAAAACACAAAUGAAGCCAUAGUGGGUUACACUUUAUAAACACCCAGGCGGCAUACCACACCAGGGAUAGGCAUCGUAUAUAGGGGUGAGGAAUUGUCAGCGAUAUGAGACCAGUCUGUAUGACUUAUAUAGAGGCGUCCAUAUGCCUUUGAGACUUCAUAGCUGGAUCAUAGUUUGAUAUAAUUGGAGUGUGAGUGCCCAAACAUGUGCCUGACAGGUGUCAGACCUAAAUGUGAAUGUAGCUAACCAAAAAAAUUUUAAAAUAUGUUUACAGAAUUUAUUAAAGCAAUUUAGUGUUAAAGCCUUUUCUUCACUCGGUCACAACCUUACUGAAGGCGUCAUCACUCAUUUUAGCUUCUAGACACAGGAACAAGGAAGACUCAGAGGUCUGGACUGUCUGGACUUUGCACAUUAAAACUAAAGGUGCUGCUGUGACAUGACAAUGUGCAGAGGUGCUGUUAGUCUGAUGUCCUCACCUAAUCUUUGUUAAAGUGACGGAUUGUCCUUUUCUUUGCUGCUUUUGAGGAAAGGCAGUGUUUUGCAGAGGUGAAGGUCAAGAAUCAUCAAGUGUUGCUUCUCAAGAUGAAUGCAGAUUAGCUUACAUCCAGCAGAUUGUGCAUGUCAUUUCACAAAGUGUGCACUCUAGACAUGGUAAAAAAAAAAAGACAUUAAAUAACAGCCUAAAAGUAUCGCAGAAGAAAAGCUGCUUGAUGCAGAAAACAAGCUUGAAACAUCCAUUUUAAAGUCCUCUAUGUUCUGAGUACAUCCACUUAUAUACAGCGCACACUUAACAUUGAGUGAAUAAGGAGUGAACUUCGUCUGCUCGAUGAUAAAACAUUUUUCAACAAGGACCUUAAAAGUAAUCUGAGGAGGAGAUAAGACUGCCUCUUCUGAAGUCAAAUGAGUUGUUCACUGUUGAAUGAGAUAAAGCAGCCUGAGAGAGGAUGCUUUCUCCCUCAAAAACAUGAACAAAAGGUAAAUAAAAUGUUUAAGGACUGAGUGAAACUCAUUUAACUUUUAGUCAACUUUUUGAAAAUAAAAGUUUGGAUCAAAAGUCGCAUUUAGGAGGAAUGAUUAGGAAAGGAAAGGAGAGGUGCGGUUGGAUUUUUAACAGCUUCUAAUGGUCUGACAAACAAUAACAAAAUAACGUUUCAGAAUAAAGGCUGAAAAAUAUCAAUACUACUAAUGUCCUAAACUGACAAUGCACCAUGAAUAAGUCUGCAUGUUACUGCUUUUCAAAUCAAUACUGAGGUCCUUCAUGCUGGUUGCCACAGAUCAUAAAACCAGGACUGACUGGGACACAAGCUUGAAGCAGUUUCCUGAGAGAUGAGUCACACUGUCCAUUAUCAGCCGGAAAACACAAGUUUCUGUGUAACACCAAAGUCAUCAGUCCCUCUUUAUAACUUCAGUCACACAGGCUUCAACAUGUUGUCCAAUAUUUUUAGUUAUACUUGCCAAAAUACAAACCCACCAGUCAAUCAAAACCACAAGCUGCAAAGGUACAGGCAAUAAACACAACUAAGACUUAAUCAGUGGGGGAAGUCUUAGAACCACCCCACCCCCACCACACACACACACACACACACACACACACACACACACACACACACACACACACACACACACAUUAUUUCUACUGUUAAGAACUGGAGCUUGUUGCCUAGUAACAAACCUACUACUUUUAUGUUUGUUUCCUGAUAGCCAGUCCCUGUCCUCAUUCAUAAAAAAAAAAAACAUUGCUUUUCAAUGUGGGCUAGCACAAAAUGGCACACAGCGUUACAAGCUAGUUAUUUCAAAAGAGGCUUUUGUAAACAUUUCACUUUCUACAAUAUGAGUCAGAGAAAUCGUUUUUUGCCUUUUAUAUCAAUGACCAUUUCGUUUUGAAGCCAGCUGGCAUGUGUUUGAGCCUGUUUUUCAUGGUUUCCAAAGUGCACAAGCGAAUGUUUUACCAUCCCAGCGUGUUCCAGACCUCUAACCGGGUGAUACGAUAGCGCACGGUGCCACAUGUUUUCACAUGAAAGCAUUGCAGCGCUGGGCCCCAGCUGAGACUGUAUGGAAAGGGGAUUAGAAAACAUACCACUGAGAGGAAAUCUCAUAGCAUAACCAUGCCUAGUGAUGUGCACAAGAUUAAGUGACAUAAAUCUUCCUACAUUCAUAAAUAUGAUCAUAAGACUCAGUGUAUAUUUAAGACAACAGUAAGCCUCACAUUUCAAGUCUGCGCUUCACUCUGACUGAAUUAAACCAGCUAUACAAUAUGAAAGCCCACCUAGAAAUAUGUUGUUUGUGAUGAGUCAAACGUAAUCAAGAUUUGACAAGACGCCAAGCUCGUUUGGUUUGAACUUCUUUAACACUUGGCAAGGCAUGAAAGAAUAUUUCACCAAAGCACCCUGUGAUCACACAAAGCAGUCCGGCUUCAUUUGUGCUAAUCCCCAAGGUUUAACACUUCAAACGCUCCCAAAAAAGUGAAUGUGAUGUGUGCUGAUGGUGUUAUAACUUUGACAGUCAGUUGACCAAAAGCAGACGAGGCUUUGCACGAUAUCAUGCAACCCUUUUAGAGGUAAUCUUAACCUCGUGCUGGUGUGAAGCUGUGAGAGGCUUUUAGAAAAACAAUAGUGGCGGGGGGGUUUAAGAAGGUUCAAUGUGUUAACAAAGUAUCAUGUUCCUGUGGUGUAUAGCAGCAGGUGGACUACAGCUGAUAGUGCAGAAGUAUUUGGGUGUUGGUUGAGGUGUGAAAGAGUUGAGUAGUUGCUUAAACAGACAGUACGGCUUUAAGCAUGAUUUCAGAUCCUUCUUAGAUCUAUAACACAAAUAAUCAAUAAUAAUAAUAAUAAUGAUAUUUUUACAAAAUGAUCAGAUGAUCCAAGAAAGCUGUUUGUCCAAUCACAAGAGGUGGUAACUUUGCCAAAGUUAAGGUUUAAUAUUAAGUCCAUAAUGGAACAAACUCUAUAACUCUUUGAUUUUACGAUUUGUUAAGCGAUAAGUCAACGCCCUGUAUUAAAAACACUGACAUACAGUAUAAGACUGUUCUUGUAUAUUACUUCACUUAAAUGUGGGGCCUCAGGGCGAGAUAACUAAUCAUUCAUUCUGAGUGAAUUAUUCCUGAUACUUGAGUCGAUACAUAAAUAAACAAACAAAACAUGAAUGACCGCCUUGGGAUUUUCAAAUUGGUUCCCCCUAAGCGUGUGACUAACAGAAAAAAAGUGGUUUGUGGUGUCUGGUUGCCUUGGGUUUGGUCUGAUUAGUUGACAUAUCUCAAAUAUAUCUCAAAUAUGCAAUCUUACCUCUCUCUCGAGCUGCCUUCAUUGAUGGAAGAAGUUCUUUUCUUUCCUCUCCUCAUUGAUGAAGAUGCAGGAACUCUUCAGGUUUUUAGCUUUAUCCAGAACAGCAAGUUUGUCUUUCAGCCGCAGGAAUCUCACCGCAAUGGGCCAGAGCUUUUCAGAUGACGAUGGCUUUCCAGUCCAAUGAGCCCAAUCCAACUCUGUUUUUAGAUAAUCCAGUUGUAGUUUUUCAGCAAAUAGUUUUCUCACUUUUUCUUCAGAAUCAGACAUCUUUUCUUUCCCAGACUCUUUAGUGCCAUCCACCCAAAUAUUGUGGCGUCUUGACUGGCCAUGCAAAUAGUCUGUCUUGUCUGGGAUAGAUAUCAAACUUUUGUAAAUUAUGUCCAGAUCUGGUUAAGUUUCAUUGCUAUGCUUGGACCAGGUUUUACAUGAGUCUUUAAAAUCAUCAAACUUGAGUCAUCUCUAGACUCACCUUAAAGUCAUCAACCUGCUUGGACAAACCAUCAAUCCUCUUGUUUGAAGAAUCCACUAUGAUCAGUACACAAGUCUUUAAGCUUUUUUCCCGUUGUUCAAGCAGAGUUUUGUCUUUUUGCUGGUCCAACAAUUAACACACUUGAGCCAUGGUCACAUACUCCUCAGUGGUGUUGAGUGAAGCUUCAGGUGGCAUAAUGUAGACUUCAGUCUUUGAGGCCUACUAGGCCCAAAACUCAGCAGAGUAGUCAAAAACCUCCAACAGAUAAAAAAAAUGUCCACAAUUUUGCUCUGUAGAGUUAGGUAAGCUCUAUAUUGGUCCACACAGCAGUACAGGACAGAGUUCUACACAGGAUUCCUUAGUUUUUUGAUAGAUAGAAAACCAGCACAAGGCUCAGAGCAGCAGCAGCAGCAGCACACAACCUCAGCCUGAAGUCAGACUGAUUGGUUGACAUAUCAAAACAAAGAUGUUGGCCUUCAACAUUUGGAUAAUACCUAAACUAUCUUCUUCUUGGCAGUCUCUGACAAUGGUCCAAUCCUCUCUAUGGAGCAUAAAAAUGCCUGAAUGUUGUUGAAACACCUAGAGUUUGUUAUGGGAAAGGUGCUGUAGUGGAGGAAAACACUGGACGGGUCUGGGCCAUUGUUAGCUCAACCACUGACUCCAGAAAUGCAGGGUUGUUUAGUCCAACAUGAUGUGGUCUGUACUGUUUGCUCGCUAACUUAACAAUCACAGAAGGCCUUCUUCUUCUUCUUUGUGUUUAACAGCAGUUGGCAUCCAGCUUUUUGGUGCAUUACCGCCACCUUCUGUUUCAGAGUGUGGAUCAAACCAACCAACCAACCAAUAGAGGACAACCAGUAUCGGCCAAUUAGAAACAGAGUAGGGGGGGCCAUGCUGGAAAAAAAAAAGAAAGCUUGCCAGUUUAGUUUCUGCGAUGUUAAAUUUGCUCUAUAGUUUAGUCCCUGUGUUUUAUGACUCUUUCAGCAGAGACGCCUUUGAAAUCCAGACCUGACUAGAAAAGCACCUUGAUUUUUACAUGUACAUUAUGGCCACAACAAUGACUCAUCAUAAGACAUAAUGUUGCUAAGUAUGUAAAUAAAGUAGGCAGCUUUUUUUUUUUAAAGUUACAUGACUAUAAAAGUUGUAUUGGGUGAUUAUAAAUGUAUUUCAAGCGAGGGUAGCUUUGAACUAAAUCUGAUUGUCUUUCAUUUCACAGAGGAAAACUGCACCUACUUCCAACACUUCACUCCAGGGCAGGAUGCGGAGAUUUUUGAGUAUAAAACACAAAAAGGUAGGUUCCUGUUUUGACUGUUUUAUGGUAUUAUACAAAAGAGUUGGUUCUUUACCACUGAGGCCCCCAUUUUCCACCGCUCUGUUACUAUGAAGGUACAAACUACACAGAGGUCCUUUAUAUCAGUAAGCGGCAGAGUAAAGUGCACUGCUUGGAAGACCAAGAAGAGAUGGAAGUUUGUUGUGCUCAAAAAGAUUUGUAUUCAUAGACAGUUUUGAUGGAAAAUUUUGAUAAAUGGAUCAUGCUUAAACAUGCAUAGAAAGAGCUUCUUGUCCUCAAAGGCCGCUUACACUUCACCUACAGCUGAACUGCUGAACAGGGGAGCACUUCAAGCCAGAAUCUCUCCGCCAGAUACCAAUAAUCUUCCCAUUUCUACAGACUGUACCUUUAACAUCAAACUGACUGCCCCCCAGUUCUCCAUCUGACCUCUCCUGUUACAGCAGCUCUGCCCUCUUUGGUGUCAGAUUUUUAUUCAUGUCUCACUUCUAAAUGCAGCGCAGCCACCGAUGUCACCCCGGGCGUGAUUACUGGCUGAAAACUCUGAAGUUCAUCAAGAUACUGUGGGGUGAAAGAGACAGGGAUCUUUUGUCCUUUCUCUCAAUGUCAGUGUGUCCACACCGGCCGAAACUAAAAACCCUUUAUUUACAAUUCCAUCUACCUGCCAAUAUGGAGACCAUAUAGCUUGAGGGUAUUCAUGUUCUUUUGUAUAUUUGUACUGGUAGAAGCAAAGUCGUUGUUUUUCUCACAUAUUUUAUCCGACAAAUGUUCUUUAAAAUAGGUUUUUUGUUUGACUUUAUUUAGUCUGUCAAGAAUUUUCACUUGCCAAGAACAUUCACAGACAGCACCGUCUGAACACGGAAAGAUAUGUCCCACACCUAUAUCCUGAUAAACAUUUCAAAGCUGUGGAUAUAUUUGUAACCCCACUUCUCACUCCCUGCAUUUUCCACCCUCCACCCUGUUACAUCUGUGACCACACAGAGCACAGCCAGCGUGUUGUGUAUGACAGUACUUCCAUGUACAGCGCGCUGGCGAACGGAGCACACAUGGAGCGCUGUCACUCUCAAUUAUUGGGGUGUAAAUGUGAACAGUCUUUCGCAUGAAGUCCUACACAUCCUCACAACCGAAACUCUGAGAGGCUAAUGCAAGCAUUCAUGGGUACCCCUCCUCCAUCAUCUAGUAUACAUAUAUACGCAUCCCAGAGCUGACGGCUUGCCCCUAAGAGUCACAUUACUAGUUAGCUGGAAUGAUUGUAGAAGUGACCUAAGCUCCCUGCUGUGUUAUUCACCCUUGAAUGAAUCAUUUGGCUAUACCAUUAUGGUGCAUAUGGUUGAAUGAACACAGUGGAUGUAGUGUGUCACAGUAUAGGCACAUGCAUCCAUACAGUAAGCCUCUUAUCUGCCUGAAGGGGGUUGUAUAUAAAAGUAGAUGAAGUGUAAGUAAAAUCUUGUAUGCUGAGAAUAUUUGAGAGCAUUUACAGACUGUGAACUGGGUCUUUCUUUAUAUGUUUUAAAUAUAGAUAUACACCUACAACAUCUAGUUAAUGUUUCAAACACCCUGCAGAGCCUCUGCGGAGUGAAAGCUGUUUUUUUUUUUCCUUAGUUGUUUUCUAUGAUACUCUGACUCUUGAGAAAACUGUGAUGCUUUUCAAAAGUUUACAUUAAAAAAAAAAAUUAAGCGCCUAUUGUUAUAAUACUUUGGUUUUAAAAUCAAGCACAUUAUGAAACCAUUUUUAUUCCCAGGUUGAAGUUUAAUUUCUUAUGUUUGAGAACUGAGAAAUCCUUUAGCGGCUCAUUGAAGUAAGUCCCGUUCGACAGGUGUUGUUUGAUGUCUACCUGGCUUUUGGUGAAACUUUGCCGUUUCAGGCUGAGCCAGUCUACGAACGAGCUCCAUAUAUGGCUAGUAUCUAAGAGAACACAGGGCGUUCAGGGUGCAGCCCGUCCUCCCCUGCCAGCAGGAGAUGAAGGCUCUGUGCCCCAAAGGUAUGCCUCUCCUCUGGGUGUGUUUCACAAGCAAACAGGCGGCAGAUCAAAGGCCCUGAAUCCCAUCCACCUCUCUGCUCUGAAAAACAACCAGCUGCUACUCCUAUCACACAGACACACCGGAGCUGUAAACUCAAGUUACAUGUGAUAUACAUACGAGGGAGAGUGUUGAAUGCAAAUUCAAUAGGCUCUGUAAAAAUCAACAACGGUUAUGUUCCUGAUACAGAAGCAUAGACCACUACUACCAUUAAUAAAGUAUGAAGAAAACAGGCUCUCUUCUGUCAUUACUGAGAGUGGAGCACUGUGGCUGAAAUAUAACAACAGUUCAAAAAAAAAAUAUUUAAAAAUCAAGGCAGUUUUGAUUAUCGAUCUACUCUUCAUUUUUAACUAUUUGUAUGAUUUUUUUUUACAAGAUAGAGCAGCAAGUUUUCUGACAUCCGAGAAAAGUCAAGUGUACAAGGCACAAAAUGCGGAGGCACCUAAGAGGAUUAGGGCGACGUGAAGAGAAAAAAAUAAUUACAGAAGGAGAUUUAAAUUGAAAUGUCGAGAUUAAAGUCGAACUGUCAAGAUUAAAAAAUCAAAAUUAUUUCUAUAAAGUAGAAAUGUCAUGAAUAAUGUUGAAAUUUUGAGAUUAAAGAAAUAAAAUUGAGAUAAAAGUCAAAAUUUCGAGAUUAAAAAUUGAAAUUUUGAGAUUAAAGUCGAAAUUUUGAAAUUACAAAAUAUCGAAAUGUUGAAUAAUGUUGAAAUUUUGAGAUAAAAAAAUUAAAACUUUUGAGAUUAAAGUCAAAAUUUUGAGAUUAAAGUUGACAUGAAUAAAGUUGAAAUUUUGACUUUUUUAAAUUCCAACUUUAAUUCUCCAAAUUUCGACUUGAAUUUCAAAAUGGAAUUAAAAAAAAAUCUCCCCCUGUAAUUAUUUUUUUCUCUUCUUGUGGACCUCAUCUGUAUUUUGAUGGCCUGUAGAAAUGUUACUGCUGGACCCACUACUUUAACCAAUGCUACAGUCAUUUUCAGGACCCUUGUCGGUCAUGGACUGUUGAAUUCUUUCUGGCUUUUUACCCCUUGAGGAGUCCCUGCCAACAGCCAAGGACGCCCCAUUAAACCCAUUUUAAUAGGCCCAUUAUAGAGCAGAAUUAACCAGCCUGGUUCAAAUGAACAGUUUUGGUCUCUUGGUGUUUUUCUUUGCAGAGUACAACAUUUCAGCUGCAGCCAUCUCUAUCUUCAGUCUCGCCUUCAUGAUCCUGGGUUCUCUGUGUUUGGUUGGCUCAUGCACUGGUAAAGGGAAAGGAAGAGACUACCUCCUCAAACCUGCUGGGAUGUUUUUUGCAUUUUCUGGUAAGUACAUUGUAGACGUUUGAUUUUCAACAUCAACAUGAAAGAAUUAGUCGCCACAGAUGUUUUAACAAAGGACUGUCCUCUCAGGUCUCUGCGCCUUCAUCUCGCUGGAGGUGAUGCGUCAGUCGGUCAAACGUAUGAUUGAGAGCGAGGACACGAUCUGGAUCGAGUACUACUACGCCUGGUCCUUUGCCUGUGCUUGCGCUGGCUUUGUGCUCCUCUUCCUCACUGGGUUUGCCCUUCUCAUCCUCUCCAUGCCUCAGAUGCCCAGGAACCCGUGGGAGACUUGUAUGGAUGCCGAGCCCGAGCAAGUUGAGUGA